AUGUACGGUACAAAAGUUAGUAACUAUCCAGAUAGAUUUAUUAAUAAAGAAGAAGAAAUUACAUUAGAAGAGAAUGGUAUAACCAUUAAAGAUUUAAAUAUAUUAAUUAAUGAUAUCAUUGAUGUAUCUGAAAGUGCUGAUAUAUUAGUCAAAGGAGUUAGUGUAACCCUUGGAGAAAUACCUUUGACUACACUUAACAAGACAUUAAGUAAACAUCUAGAAACAUUGGAAAUAAUUAAAAAGGAAAUAAAAAGCUUAGAGAAAAGAAAUAGACUAAUAAUUAGUAAGAUAAAGAAAGAAGAUGACAAAGAGAAAGAGCUGGAAAAGAAAAUCAAAGAAGAGACAAAACCAGCUGGAAGAAAAACAGAAUUAUUAUAUUUCAUUUAA